GCCCCUAGUGUGCGUGCUCGGGCGGCUGUCGCCGCCAGUCUAGCAAACAAUACCCGGCCUUGAUUUCAGACAUACAAGGCACAGAUUUAUUUGCUGGAAUGGCCACUAAAGAGCAGAAACAAGAACUCACAAUUGACAGUUUGAAAACAGAAAUGAAACUGACUGAUAAGCAGCUCAAUACAGCAAUACAGGAACCAGAUCUACCUGAGUUAGCAGCAUGUUUCGACAAUGUUCACAAAGGCUAUCUUGAAAAACUGGAGCUCUCACCUGGAGAACAAACUGACGUGAGGACUAGAGCACAUGUAGAUGGCACUCUGGCGGGAAUGUUACUGGCUCUGAAAUGCUGGACACUGACCAACGGACUAGAUGCCACUUUCCGAGCUCUGCUACUCAUCUUACUCUCUCUGCUCAAAGAAAACAUUGCUGUUCAAGUAUGCAAGUACUUGUCUGACAAAUACUCCACCACCUCGUGUCCCCCUUCUCGAGAAAGGGUCCUGCUAAACCACAAGCUCUCUUCGUACAGGAACUACCUAAAAAGUCGCUACAGAGCACAAGUAUCCACAUCAGCCACACAAUGGCCUCCCGUCCCAACAAACAAAAUGUUCAAACUGGCCAUGAUUCAGAAGGAAGAAAUACAGAGAGGUAGAAUCGAUUAUGAAUUUGUUAAUUUAACAAUCACAGGAAAAAUCGACGAUAUUUUACUUCAAAAAACUCCGGUUAACUUGACGAACAUUUUCUCUGAGAUUAGAGAUAGAAGAAACUUUGUUUUGAUUGAAGGAGCUCCCGGCUCUGGCAAGAGCACCCUUGCUCUACACAUCUGUCAGGAGUGGGCAAAGGGGAAACUAUUCCAAGAGUUUGAUAUUGCAAUCCUCGUGAGACUGAGAGAUCCCCUUGUUAGAGAAGCAAAGACAAUUGCUGACAUACUUCCCUGCAUCGAUACGGCCGUGGCUAAUGUGACAGAGGCAGUAAUAAAAUCACUGUAUGGCAAAGGUGUACUGUGGGUGCUGGACGGAUGGGACGAGCUUCCUUCUGACCUCCCUAGAGACUCGAUCAUCAACAAACUAAUCCGACCAAACAUGUCACAAAAAGAAGUUCUACAUGAUUGCGCUAUGAUCGUAACAUCUCGACCGUCAUCUUCGGCUGAGCUCCACCCACUAGUCUCGUCUAGGGUGGAGGUGCUGGGGUUUACUCCACAUGAACUAGAGCAGUACUUCACUGAGUGUCUGAAAGGUGACUCACAAGCUGUGCAGACUCUACUGGAGAGAAUUCGAGAGAACCCAGUGGUAGAAGGAAGCUGCUACCUCCCCCUCAAUGCUUCCAUUGUCGUUAAUUGCUUCCUUUCUUAUAACUAUUCACUCCCCACAUCCAACCACGGGAUAUUCACAUCUGUUGUCCAGAGCACUCUCAAGAGAUACCUCCAGGAUAAGUUAGGGAAGACCACUCCAGUGGGAGACAUCACAUCUCCAGACUCACUGCCCACAGAAAUCAGAACAUCUUCCGUACAAAUGUAUCAACUUGCAUAUCAUGGGAUUGAAGAAAACAAAGCGACAUUUACUGACAGUGAUUUGGCCGCUCUUCACAUUACGAAGGAAAUUUCUAACAUUGGAUUAUUACAAACUGUUUCCAGUAUCAUUAGCGAUGGUCAUCUGGUUUACUACUGCUUUCUCCACUUGUCUAUUCAAGAGCUACUAGCAGCAAUCCACAUAUCUCUCAUGUCUCCCAAGCAACAGAUUUCUGUCUUCCAGAAGCUGUUUGGUAAUCCUCGAUUCAGUGCAGUCUUCCAGUUUUAUGCUGGUAUCACCAAACUGAGAACUAGUAGACCAAUCCUUAGCUUGCUACCUCGAUUCUUGUGUCCAGUUCCAGCUACUGUUUUUGAUCUGGUCAGAAAGGUUGCCAAAAGUGAGAAAGAAAAGAAGUAUAGUGAGCCAAAAAUCCUUUUGUUGUCUCUCAUCAACUGUUUGUACGAAGUUGAAGACUCGUCACUGUAUGUGUUUGUGGCUAAUCUUCUUAAUCACUCUCUAAACUUUGAUUUCACUACAAUGAAUCCUAUUGACUGUCUAUCUGUUGGAUAUUUCGUAUCAGCAUCAGUUUGUUCCAACACCAGUAUUGGAUGCGCACUUAGCCUUGAUAGUUGCUCUAUUGGUGAUCAAGGCAGCAAAUUAUUGGCCCGAGGACUCUCCAAGUGUCUACACUCUCACUCUAAGAUCAGUCUUAAUCUUUUUAAUAAUGAGAUUCGUGAUAAUGGGAUACGCCAUAUCGCUGAAAUGAUCGAGAACACUACUUCAAUAUCUACAUUGAUUUUGUCUGCUAAUGCCAUUGGCAACAGUGGACUUAGCACACUCUGUCAAGCCUUGUCAACUAACACAUCAUUAAAGAGCCUCAAUCUCUCCAGCUGCUCACUAUCUCUCAACGAUCACGGAGCAAUCCCUCGACUACUGAGUACAAACACUACUCUUGAAAGCCUUAAUUUGUCGUCAGGCAAUAUUAUUGGUAACACUGAGCUAAACAAUAUCUGUGAGGCCUUGUCAACUAACACAUCAUUAAAGAGACUGGACCUGAGCAGUUGCUCACUAAAAAUAUCUGACAACAAUGGAGCUACCCUCUAUCAACUUUUUAAUACGAACAAUUCCCUCGAGCAUCUUGAUUUGUCUUAUAACACAGUGACUAGCUGUCGUUACAUUGCUGCUGGACUUGCAGUCAAUAAGACUCUGAGAACACUGUACUUGGGUUUCUGUAAACUGACUAAUCAAAGGAUCGAGGAGCUAUCAACUGGACUGAUCAACAAGAUUAAAACACUGAGCAUAUUGGGUAAUGACUCAAUAACAGAAGAUGGAAUGAAGAUACUUGCCAGACAUCUAACCACCCACAGCUCUGAACUUACACGAUUGUACAUACCCGGCAGCCUAAGAUUUUGUACCAAGACAAUAUUCAGGGACGCUAACAAUAAGAGGAAGAGAAAUGGAUUACCUGAGAUUUUUACGGAUGCAUGAUUAAUUUACUUUUCAGUUAUUCUUGAGACUACCAUAAUUAUAGAAAUAAAAAAGCGUA